AUGUCAAAGGCCCAUAUGCAUCCUACAUGCAUUUUUGAGAAGGAUGAGGUAAGUGCUAAGGUAGAACAAAAGGUAUACAGAGGUAUGAUUGGCUCUCUCUUAUACUUGACUGCUUCUAGGCCUGACAAUUUGUUAGGUGUCUGUUUGAGUGCUUAUUUCCAAUCUGAUCUUAGAGAGUCCUACUUAAUAGUUGUUAAGAGGGUCUUCAUGUAUCUAAAAGGUACGAUUAACCUUGGGUUGUGCUAUAGAAAAUCCAAAUACUACAAGCUAGUUGGUUAUUGUGAUGCUGAUUAUACUGGAGACAAACUUGAGAGGAAAAGAACUUCUGGAAGCUGUCAGUUUCUGGGAGAUAAUCUAAUAUCAUGGUCCAGUAAAAGGCAAUCAACAAUAGCACUUUCAACUGCUGAAGCUGAAUAUAUAGUUAUCUUUGAAUGCAACACUCAGAUGCUCUGGAUGAAAAGUCAUCUCGAAGACUGUUGA